GUAGAUCAGCGAAGCAAAUCUCUUACCUGUCUCUAUAAUUUGAGCCACGCCAUAGACUUGAAAGAAAACCAAAACUAGAAACCUCAUCAAAACUCUGCAAUGUCAAGUCAAACAGCCUCGCCUUCCAAUCCCACCAUCGUCGAUGAUCCCUACAAGCGUCUCGAGAUCAUUCUUAAUUCAGACGGCUCGCUUACACGCAACCCCGACAGGUAUCCUAACACCUCAGCCACACCCGAUCCAAAACAACCCAUCCCAGUUCUCUCCAAGGACAUAACUAUCAACCAAUCAAACAACAUAUGGGCUCGCAUAUUUCUGCCCCGGCAAGCACUUCAUACAUCUUCAAAGCUCCCUCUCAUAGUCUACUACCACGCAGGAGGAUUCAUCCACUGCAGCGCAGCAUCAACGAUUUUCCAUGUUUUUUGCUCGAACAUGGCGUUGGAACUCCAAGCCAUCAUCGUAUCCGUUGACUACCGUCUCGCCCCAGAGAAUCGGCUUCCAGCAGCUUACGAUGAUGCCAUGGAAGCGUUGCAUUGGGUCAAAACCACGCCAGAAGAUUGGUUGAAACGAUGCGCGGAUUUGGCUAAUUGUUUCCUUAUGGGGUCUAGUUCAGGUGCAAACAUUGCCUACCGUGCAGGAUUACGCUCAGCCGAAGAAGCUGAUGAUCGUGAGGCCCUGAAGAUCCGAGGGCUGAUAUUGCACCAACCAUUCUUCGGUGGGUCCGAAAAGGUUGAGUCAGAGUUAAGGUUGGUCAAUGAUCCCAUCUUGCCACCAGGUGUGAGCGAUUUGAUGUGGGAACUGGCGUUGCCAAUAGGCGCUGACCGUGAUCAUGCGUAUUGUAAUCCUGCGGCAGGCAAGACGUCAAAGGUUUUGGACAAGCUCGUGUCCGUAGGAUGGAUGGUUUUAGUGACUGGCUGUGAUGGGGAUCCUUUGAUUGACCGUCAGGUCGGGCUGGUGAAGUUAAUGGAAGAAAAGGGCAUGAAGGUAGUAAGUGAGUUUCGCGCAGGGGAUCAUCAUGGAGUGGAUUUUAUGCAGCCUGCAAAGGCCAGGGCACUGUUUUUGGUCUUAAAGGAAUUCAUUUUAUCUGCUUCAGCUACGGUACCUGGAGAUGGUGAAACCCUUCGCCCACCCAUCACGGAUCCGUUCGAGUAUCUUCAGAUCGUCCUCAAUCCUGAUGGCACCCUCACCCGCAACCUCAUGAUUCCCCGCGUUGUAGCCGAACCAAAUGAUCCUGAGGGCCAGGCUCCAGUCCUCUCCAAGGACGUCCCUAUUAACCCAUCAAACAGAACUUGGGCACGUAUAUUUCUACCCCGUCAGGCGCUAGAUUGUACUUCUUCUUCGGCCAACAAGUUGAAGUUGCCUCUCGUAGUUUACUACCAUGGCGGAGGGUUCGUUCUCUUGAGCGCAGACAUGGGCAUUUGUCAUGACUUUUGCUCCAACAUGUCCAAGGCUAUCCCUGCCAUCGUCGUAUCGGUCGACUACCGCCUCGCUCCUGAAAAUCGGCUGCCGGCGGCUUAUGAUGAUGGUUUGGAAGCGUUGCACUGGAUUAAAACCACUGGAGACGAGUGGUUGAGAGAGUACGCCGAUCUCUCUAAUUGUUUCCUUAUGGGUUCCAGUGCGGGCGGCAACAUUGCUUACCAUGUAGGCUUACGUGCGGCGGAAGUGGUUCAUGAAUUAGAACCUUUGAAGAUCAAAGGGCUGGUGUUGCAUCAACCAUUCUUCGGCGGAACCCAGAGGAUUGCGUCAGAGUUGAGGUUGAUGAACGAUCCAGUUUUGCCACCAAUUGUUUCCGAUGUGAUGUGGGAUUUGUCUUUGCCAAUUGGCGUUGACCGCGAUCACGAGUAUUGUAAUCCGACGGCGGAUGGCGGGUCAAAGGAGUUGGAGAAGAUCAAGUCGCUAGGAUGGAAAGUGUUGGUGUAUGGUUCUUACGGGGACCCACUCAUCGACCGUCAGAUAGAGCUGCUGAAGUUGGUGGAGGGGAAGGGUGUCCAAGUUGUGCGCAAUGUUAGAGUUGGAGGUUUCCAUGGAGAAGAGGAAAUGGAUGUGUCCAAGGCACAUGCCAUGCACAUGGUCGUUAAAGAUUUCAUUAUGUCUUCCAAACAGGUCGCUUAAAAAACCAAAUAAACUCCGCUACUGAAAUAAAAUGGUGACGAGUGGUGUGCUAGCUUUUGGUAACAUCGUCAUUUACUUGUACAAUUUGAUUUAAGUAUUAUUCAAACCUGCAAUCUUCUGUCAAGAACAAAAGAUGAUGAAGCAAUAAUAUUAAUAAGCAAUGUUGUUUUCCCCCUA